AUGGCAUUCAAGGAGUUUAUAAUCCGAAGCUAUGAGAGUCAAUCUGAUAGAGAUCAGGUGGAAAAUCUUGAGAGAAGAUGCAAGGUAGGGCCAUCAGAAAGCGUGUUAGACACUAUGGGUGACCCCAUCUGUAGGAUUCGUAACAGUCCCAUGUACAUGAUGCUGGUAGCAGAGCUGGACAAUGAAUUGGUUGGUGUCAUUCAAGGCUCAAUAAAAGUGGUCACAGUUCAUCCUCCAAAGGAUUUGGCAAAGGUGGGCUAUGUCCUAGGCCUGAGGGUUGCUCCACAUAUUCGACGAAAAGGCAUUGGUUCAAGCCUAGUGCAAAGGCUGGAAGAAUGGUUCACUUCCAAUGAUGUGGACUAUGCAUAUGUGGCUACAGAGAAAGACAACCAUGCCUCAGUCACUCUGUUUAUGAACAAGUUUGGCUACACCAAGUUUAGGACUCCGGUUAUACUUGUAAACCCUGUAAAUCACCACUCAUUUCGAAUCUCAUCCAACAUUGAGAUAGCUAGGCUAAAGGUUGAAAAAGCUGAAUCCCUCUAUAGAAGAUUCAUGGGCUCCACUGAGUUCUUCCCUAAAGACAUAGAAAAUAUACUUAGGAACAAGCUAAGCUUGGGGACAUGGGUGGCUUAUUUCAAAGAUGAGAAUAAUUCUUGGGGAGAUUUUGGGUCCAAUGGACAUGUCCCGUGUAGUUGGGCUAUGCUUAGUGUAUGGAAUAGUGGGGAAAUUUUCAAGCUAAGGCUAGGGAAAGCACCUUUUUCUUGCUUGUUAUUCACAAAGAGUUGGAGGUUGAUUAAUAAAAUCUUCCCAUGCUUGAAAUUUCCCACCUUUCCUAAUUUCUUCAAUCCAUUUGGGUUCUACUUCAUGUAUGGGGUUUACCAGGAAGGGGCAUUCUCUGGGAAGCUGGUGAGCGCCCUGUGCCAGUUUGUGCACAACAUGGCUGCAAAGUCUAAGGGUGAUAACUGCAAGAUCAUUGUGACUGAAGUUGGAGAACAAGAUGAGCUCAAUCAUCAUAUUCCACAUUGGAAAUUGCUCUCAUGCCCGGACUUGUGGUGCAUAAAAGCCUUGAAAAAUGAAGGGACAAACACAUUUUGUGAAUUAACCAACACCCCUCCAAGAGCUCUCUUUGUAGACCCAAGAGAGGUCUAG